AUGGCAUACUACGAACCUCAAAGCUGGCAAGCACCCGUGCGCCAGAGCUCCUGGGAGCAACCAGCUCCGCCCUCUCGAUCAGGCACGAGUUCCACCGCCCAGCGCGAUGACACACCCGCCUUUGCCUCGCAGUUUGAUGAGGUUGACCGUGCCAUCGACAACUUGGUGAAAAGCGGAAAACUUUUCAAUGCUAUGCCGCGAAGGGAGUCUGUACCGCUUAUGAUGGGACGCCCAUACGACUACGAUCCGCGAAUGCCGGGUGGAAUGAUUCCCCCACGCCACCAUUCAAUCAGCGACUAUGAUGCCGUUCGUCCACACUCAGCAUCCAACUUGCAAGGAUUUUAUGCCGCACAGCGCUUUCAAGGUCGACCCAACGACGCAGAGCAUAUGAUGCAGGCAAAACGUCGCUUGGCCGCACAACGAGAGAGGGAUCUCCGCAAUUAUCAUCAAGAGCAACAAUAUAACCGAAGUACGUGA